UCACUAACUUUUUUUUUCAAAGGAUAGUUUUUCCUAUUUAUUAAUAGUCAAAUAAUGUAUUAUGAUUCAAUUUCAGUAUUACCUUAAUCGGAAUUACUUUUCUGGAAACUCCCAACAUCUGACUGUAUUUACUUAAGACAGGAUUGGACAAAGCGUUACCUUGGGUCCACACUGCAAUCUCCACCAAGUCUCAAUUUUGGGAAAAGGCAUCUUGUAACUGGUGGUGCUGGUGAUGAAUCUUCCCUAGAAGCCAUCAGGAGGAGCAAUUCACUGUUUCAUAAUGUAGAGUCCCAUACAUUUGACCUUACACAGAUCUCUAUUUUAUAAACCUGAAGUGAGUUUAUGGCCCCUUCUGGAUUUUUUCAUAUUUAUGGCAGUUCAGGCGGCCCACUGGAAUUUCCCAGAGCAGAAAGCUGGUUCUUUCCCUUGUCUACACCUAAUUGAAUUUCUCUUCCUUCAAACUAGGUACACGAGAAGUCUGCACCCAGGGCACUUCUUUCUGUCCCAUUGUUUCUUUGUGCUUGAAAACAGAAGUUUUGCCCUACUUUCCUUAGGCUCAGCAAUUGUCAAUUUUGUAGAAUGGAACAGUGCAGUGUCAAUCAGAACUUGGACAACAAUGUUCAUAAUUCUGGCAUCUUUUAAUAUAACAAAGGAACACUUUUGAUAGAUAAGACAAGCCUCUGUCCUCCACCAUCUUCACUUCCCCCAGCCUGUUUACAUGAUUGUGGCUGUCAUUUUGCAAAGAGAAUAUUCAGAAUAUCAUAUGGUAAUAGAAAAUGUCUUCUCAUUGUGUCAAUCCUUAUGUCGCCAAAAGUUAUACCAUCGCCAACAGUCACAUGGGAUGUGAACCUGCUCAGUAGUCAUGCAAUGGGAACAGAUAAGAGAAGAAGAAAAACCUGUCAGGAUUUGUAAUGAAAACAAAGUAUGUCAUCAUAUCCAGGUUCUAAUUGCAUAGUAAGAAUGAUAAGGCAAAUUUCAGAGGUUGAUGAAACUAGAAUACAAUGCCUGAUGCAACCAUGGUGCAGUGUUGGGAUACCAUGGGUGAUACAAUUGUUAUGAAUAACUUUUCAAUAACUUUAAAGCAUAGGUUCCUUUUAUUGCAAUUUUCCAGUAAGAGAAAAGGUAUCAGGUCUUUUACAGAACAACAACUAGACAUACAGGCAUACGGAUUCUGUGUAACUACAUUGGAUUCACAAACAAUCUACAGUUACACUGGCUAACAAACAAAGAGGAAUUACAUUUUCACUCAGCAUUCACACAAAUAAAAAAUUAUCCAUCCUCAUGCAUACAUCACCAUUUCACCAUUCUUCCUCUGUGAAGAACACCUCUUAGGUCAGACUGCUUCCUUGCAAAUCUGCCAAUGCACCAAAACUUCUAAAAUGCAAAAAUACAUUCUUUCCGUAAGCACAAUGCCAAGAAUCAGAUCCCUGUUUUCCAUACAGCAGAACCUAACUCCCUGCAACAUAAAAUGAGAAAAGGAGGCAAAGUGUCCAGAAUUCUGCUUUCUCUUGCAGAUCUGACACUCUCGAUACACCAUCUCUAUCCUUCCCAUGGAGUAGAGCAGCAGGUGAACAGCUCCAUUAUCUGUGACACUUUUUGGAUUUUAGAAGAUCUCUAAUAUAGCAAUAUUUCUUCUGAUGUUGUCCCAAAGUUGUAAAUGAACAAUUAGUGAUUGGUCAUAUCUAAGAUAAAAGUGGGACAGCUAGCAUAAUGACUGUGGGUGCUAGAGUCAUUCUUGCUUGCAGGGAUAUGGAAAAGGCAGAAGCUGCAGCCAAUGAAAUCCGGACCAAGACAGGGAACCAGCAAGUUAUUGCAAAGAAAUUAGAUUUGGCAGAUACCAAAUCAAUCCGAGAAUUUGCUGAGAAUUUCCUGAAAGAAGAGAAAGAACUUCACAUCCUCAUUAACAAUGCUGGAGUUUUGUUGUGCCCCUACUCCAAGACAGUGGAUGGCUUUGAAAUGCAGUUUGCAGUAAAUCACUUCGGGCCCUUUCUUUUAACAUUUCUACUGAUUGAGCGCAUGAAGGAAUCUGCACCAUCUCGAAUAGUCAACGUGUCCUCCUUGGCUCAUUGUUUAGCGAGGAUUCGCUUCGAGGACCUCCAAGGCGAGAAAAGCUAUCACCGGGGCCUUGCCUACUGCAACAGCAAGCUGGCGAGUAUCCUUUUUACCCGGGAGCUGGCCAGACGACUGCAAGGUACCAGAGUUACAGCCAAUGCUUUGCAUCCAGGCUCUAUUGUCUCUGAACUGGGCCGUCAUCUCACUAUAUUGAUUUUUUUGGGAAAGCUGCUGACCUUCUUUUUGAAGACACCUCAGGAAGGAGCCCAGACCAGUGUCUACUGUGCGGUGGCAGAGGAGCUGGAGUCAGUGAGUGGGAAAUAUUUCAGUGACUGUAAACCAGCCUAUGUAUGGCCUCAAGGAUGUGAUGAUGAAACAGCAAAGAAGCUCUGGGAUGUCAGCUGUGAACUCUUAGGCAUCCAGUGGGACUGAAAUGUGGAUGGCCCUUAUCUUUGGCAGAGCUGAAGGCCAAAUAUCUUAUCCUCACUUAAUACAAAGAAAAACAAAAGUGUUUAAGAAUUUAGAGAUAUAAGGUUGUUUCUGUCUGGAUUUGUGUACAGGAUGCUUGUUUCUAACUGAAGAAUAGCGUCUUUUGCAGUCUAAGGCACAAAGUAAAAAAUGUAUGUGUCUGGUCUUUCUCAUCCAAUGUGGAGAUUUGUUUAGAGAAAUCCGUUUGAGUAUGUUUAAUCAGGAUGGAGAGACCAUUUUUGCUACUUGCAAAACUUCUGUUUCAACCCCAACAUGUCUAUAGGUAGGGAGUAUAUCACAGAAUAAUCACAGGGUGUCUCAAACAUACACCUGCGGAUAAACUCUACAAGAUAGCUGGCAUUGCCCCGCCCCCUGAUGUGCGACAGGUAGUUGCUGCUAACUGUGAGAGAAAUAAGGUUGAACACAGUGAAAGCCAUCCACUGCAUGGCUAUCAGCCUCCUCCCCGUAGCGUCAAAUCAAGGAAAAGCUUCAUGAGAAUCAUCACUACUUUUAACGCUCCUCCAGCAACAGCGAGGGUAUCCCACUGGGCAGCUAAACCAGAAAAUCCCAAAUGCAUGGACCCCCAUGAGGGUCUUUCUCUAGGGGCAAACCAAGAAUGGGCAACUUGGAAGUCCCUGAACAGACUCAGAAGAGGAGUGGGCAGAUCAAAAGACAACCUGGCAAAAUGGCACUACCUAAAAGAAUCCUCCACCUUGUGCAACUAUGGAACACAACAGACAACUUCGCAUCUGUAUGCUUGUCCACAAUGUCCUGCCUCAUGUACAGAGGAAUAAUUGUUUGAGGCUACAGACAAUGCAGUUACUGUUGCCCAUUUUUGGUCAAAAGAUAUUUAGCCGCUUGUGCUCCUAUUUUUAAUCACUUUUAUACUAAUUUAUGCAAUGCUUUUGAUACAAAAUAAAUAAAGUAGCUAUAGCAUUUAUUACAAAAACAAAGCUGGGAUUCUUAAGUCUACAUAUUAGAGUCAUGUGGGCUGUGUCCCCUUACGUCAAGACAUGGAUAAGUUUGUGUGCAUGAUAUAAGCAGGGACACACAGAUCUUAUCCAAUCCCUUUUCUCACAUCUAGAAUUCUGAGAAUUUGCCAAAUUGAGAUAUAAGUGGUAAAUGGCCUUGGAAGACUUAUCUUGAAAAAUAACUAAGAAAUUGAAGAGCUAGAGUAAAAGAUUGCAAAUCCUGUGUUGAUCACUGCAUAUGAUAUUUGUUUGCACUGUUUUUGGUGGCACAGCAGGUUUGAAUCCGGGGAGUGUAGUGAGCUCCUGCUGUCAGCCCCAGCUUCUGCAGUUCGAAAACAUGAAAAUGUGAAUAGGUACAGCUCUGGCGGGAAGGUAACGGCGCUUUCAGUCAUGUUAGCCACAUGACCUUGGAGGUGUCUACGGACAAUGUCGUCUCUUUGGCUUAGAAAUGGAGAUGAGCACCAACCCCCAGAGUCGGACACGACUAGACUUAAUGUCAGGGGAAAACCUUUACCUACUAUACGGCUGAAAGUCCCUCAUGUAUUCGAAUCUACACAUGGAGAAUUUCUGAAUGAAAAAUUUGAGUUGUGUAUGCUCUCUCCCUCUCUCUGAAAGAACAACCAUUUAUAUUCAGUUGUUUUGGACAUACUACACUUUUUUCACUGGAAGAAUCAAAUUAUAGCAUGAUGAAUCGCUCACAGCGUACAAAAGAUUCCUUGAUCAGCACAGAUGCCUCCAGUCUCUGCAAAAACACCCAUGAUAAAAACAAAGUAGAAAAUCCUCCUGUUCCAAGUUAGAUAACUCUGUUCUCUUUAGUCAUUUUCACGGAUGCAGAAAAUCAUGGGCACCUACCAAACUUUUAAGUAAUCAUUCUUUCCAUCAUUCUAUCUUGUUCCUGACCUUAAAGAUUUUUUUCUGUAUUCCACUUUGUAAGAAUAAUCAGGAGAUCUUUGCCUUUGAGCAGGAAUGUGCAGAGCUGGCUCAACAUGUUCAAUACUGCUGACAGGUUUUGCCCCAGGUCUUCAAGAACAGCCCCACACUCUGGGUUGACAUUGAUCAGAUGAGAAAGGUCAUGGGCACCUACCAAAAUGUUAAGCAAUCACCUCAUGCCGGUACUUUUUAAAAAUAGUCUUUCUUUCAAUCAUUCUACACCAUUCUUCCUUCCUCUCUUCUUUCAUAAGAGAACUAUGCUGCAGGCGUCAUCAUAUGUAGAGUAUUACUAAAGAGUUGUUAAGCAAACACAUUCUGAUAGACUGCAGGACUUGAAGGUUAGUCUGUAUUAGACUGAUCAAGUUGAAGCUUGUUUGCUGAUGAAUCCUUGAAUGGGUGAGAAUAUAUCAUUUAAAUAUGUGGACAUAACAGAGUUAGCAAUACUCUCUAAACAAAUAGCAAAUGCCUUCUGUAUUACCAUCUUUGAAAGAACCAACAUGUACAAAAUGCAUAAUGCAAGCUGUUAUUUAUUGGCCCUUUUC